AUGUGUAAAAUCUGUAAAGUUGACCCCAAGGCCAAACAAACAGGAAGUAAAAUCUGCGAAAGUGACCAGAAGAUCAAAGUUUCAAGGAGUAAAAACUGUGGAUUUAGCCCCAAGCUUCAAAAUGUGCAGUUGGUGUUCAAUCCUGACCCACAGUUUCAAGGAGUGAAAUGUUCUAAAUUAAUCUCAGAAACAAAGUUUCAAGAUGUGGAAUCUGUGAAUGUCAAACCUGGGCCACAGCUGAGAGGUGUGAAAUCUUCUGAAUUGAUACAGGGGACAAAGCUUCAAAAAGUGAAGUCUGUGGAUUUCAAGUCAGGCCCCCAGUUGGAAGAUAUGACAUCUUCUAGGUUGAUCAUGGGUAUAAAGCUUCAAGAUGUAAAAUCUAUGAAUUUCAAGUCUGGACCACACUUGAAGGAUGGGAAAUCUUCACAAGUGAUCCCAAGGGAAAAGCUUCGAGGUGUGAAAUCUGCAGAAUUGAAAGCUAAUCCAAAGUUACAAGGUGAGAAAUCUUCUGAUUUGACCCUGGAGGGGAAGUUUUCAGGUAUGAAAGCAGGCCCACAGUUACAAGAUGUGAAAUGUUCUGAGUUGAUCAUGGGUAUAACGCUUCAAGAUAAAAAAUCGACAGGGUUUGGUUCUAGAUCACACUUGCAAGGUAUGAGAUCUUCUGAAGUGAUCCCAGGGUCAAAACUUCAACAAGUGAAACCCUCUGAGUUCAACCAUGGUCCAAAGCUACAAGGUGGGAAAUCUGAUUUAAUUCAGGUGAGGAAGCUUCAAGGUGUGAAGUCUGUGGAGUUCAACCCCGGACCACAGAGACAAGGUGAGAAAUCUGAUUUGAAGCUAGAGUGCAGGCUCCAAGAUUUGAAAUCUGUUGAGUUAAAACCGGUUCUGCAGUUACAAGGUGUACCAUCUUCUGAAUUAACACCAAAAACAAAGCUUCGAAGUGGAGAAUCUGUGGAGUUCCUUACCAGACCCACGUGGCAAGACAUGAAACCUCUUGAGUUGACUCUAGGUGCAAAGACCCAAGAUGUGAAAUCUUUGGGGUUUGAGUCAGUCCCACAGUUACAAAAUAGGAAAUUGCCUAUGUUGACACCAGGAUCACACAUUCAAGGCAUGAAAUCUCUGAAAUUCAGCCCUGGGGCAACGUUGCAAGGUGCAAAAUCUCCUGAGUCUGUAAAGCUUCAAAUAAUGAAAACCACAGAGGUCAACCAGGACCUAGAGUUCCAGGUCGCAAAACCCUCUGAGUUAGCCUUGGAAUCAAAGAUUUGCAAUGUGAUAUCUUCCGAGUUCAAUGCUGGGAAGCAGCAGCAAGAAGAGAAGUCUUUUAAGUUGAAACCAUGGCCAGAGCUUCAAAGUGUGAAAUUUGUGGUAUACAGCCCUGGACCACAUUUGCAACAUAUAAAAUCUUCAGAAUUGUGCAAAGAGACAAAGCUCCAAGAUGUGAAAUCUAAAGACUCCAAUCCUGAGCAACAGUGGCAAGAUGUUAAAUCCUCUGAGUUAUGCCAGGGAUCAAGGCUUCAAGGUAUGCCAUCCUUCAAGCUCAAUCCUGGGCCACAGUUACAAGAGAUAAAACCUGAGUUGUGCACAGACAGGAAGCUUCCAUAUGAGCCAUUUCUGGAAACGAAGCAUCAGCCUAAAUUACAAGGUGGGAAAUCCUCUGAAUUUAAUCUAGCCCCACAGCUUCAGUGUAUAAAUGUUAGGGCAUUCAGUACUGGACCACAAUUGAAUGGUGUAAAAUCUGAGUUGAAUUCUGGAUCAGAGCCUCGAGGUAUAAAAUCCCAGGUGUUCUGCCCUGGGCCACCUUUGCAAGAUGUGAAUUCUUCUGCAUUUAUUUCAAAACCAAAACUUCAGUGUGUAAAUUCUGUUGGAUGCAAAUCUGAGCCACCCUUGCAAGGUAUAAACCCUUCUGAAUUAACUUCAGUUUCAAAACUUCAAGGUACAAAGUCUUCUGAGUUGAGUUCAGAGAUCCCAAGGGAGACAACUAUGGUGUUCAACCUUGAUCCACAUUUGCAAGAUUUGAAAUCUGAAUUGAUUCCAGGGUCAAAGUUUCUUGCUAUAGCACCCAUGGAAUGCAACCCUGAGCCACAGAUGAAGUGUGUAAAUUCUUCUAAGUUGAAUCCAGAGCCAAAAUUACAAUGUGCAAAUUCUAUGGGGUGCAAACCUGGGCCACUUUUGCAAGGUGUACAGUCCUUUGAAUUGACUUCAGGGACAAAAUGUCAAGGUCCAGGAUCUCAGGUGAAUCCGGGGUCCAAGAGUCAAAGUGAGACAUCUAUGGUGUUCAGCGCUGAACCACAUUUACAAGAUUUGAAAUCCGAAUUGAUUCCAGGGUCAAAGUUUCUUGCUGUAGCACCUAUGGAGUGCAACCCUGGGCCACAGGUGAAGUGUGUAAAUUCUUUGGAGUUGGAUCCAGAGCCAAAAGUACAAUGUGCUAAUUCUAUGGGGUAUGAACUUGGGCCACCUUUGCAAGGUAUACAAUCUUUUGAGUUGACUUCAGGGGUUAAAUGUCAAGGUAUGGGAUCUUUUGAUUUGAAUCUGGGGUCAGAAGUUCUAGGUAUAAAAUCUCUUAUGUUCGACCCUGUGCAACAUUUACAGAAUGUGAAACGUGAAUUGAGUCCAGGGACAAAGUUUCAAGGUAUAACAUCACAAGAAUUAAACUGUGGCCCACAGCUGCAAGGUGUGAAUUCUUCUGAUUUGAAUUUUGGGUCAGAACUUCAAUGCAUAAAUGCUAUAAAGUUUAAUCCAGACCCACAGAUGCAAGGCAUGAAACCCUCUGACUUGAAUCCUACGUCACAAUAUCAAGGUACAAAAUCUAUUCUGUUCAACCCUGGACCACAUUUGCAAGGUGUAAAAUCUUCUGAGUUAAUCCCAGGGGCAAAGUUUCCAGAAAUCCAGUUUUUGGAGAAUCACUGUGGGUCACAGCAACAAGCUGUGCACUCAGUGUUCACUGUAGGCUCUUCGCUGAAUGGUAUGAAAUCUGUGUUAUUUUUACCAAAGCCACUGCUUGAAGAUGUAAAGUCUGUGAAGACGAACAAAGAGCCAGUGUCUUGUGGUGGAAAUUCUGUGAAACUGGCUUCAGGCUCUGAGCUGCAGGACUUGAAAUGUGAGAUGUUUGCACUAGAGCCAUGUUUUACAAAAGUGAAAUCUGUGGAGUUAAAUCCAGGGCCACAUCCUCAAGGUAUGAAUUCUGGGGAGUUGCCCCACACCUCAGGCAGCACAGUGAGAGAUCUGUGGUGUUUGCACCAAAGUUGUGUUUUCAAGAUGUGAAAUCUCUGGCGUUGAAACCAGGGUCACAACCUCAAGAUGUGAAUUCUAAGGAUUUGAUUUCUUGCCUCAGGCAGAAAUC